UCUGCUCCCCUCCCUUCUCUCCCCACCACCCUCGGUCUCACCCCAAUACCCGCAAGCAGCCUUGGGUUUCUUUCCACCCUGGGGGUCUCUGUGCCUCUCAUUCUCCUACUUGCCUCUAUGCUCACCUCAGGUUUAGCCGGCACCCAUCCUUUCCUGCCUGGGUACCCCCACACACACACUGCUAACAUCGCCACUGUGUCUUCUUCCUCUCCUCCUCUCCCCACCCUCUCCUCUUCUCUCUUCUCACUGCCCCUUUAAAUCUGCCUGGCCCAGCCUCCCCCGUGAUGCUGGGAUGGAGCAAACAUUGAUUUGUGCUGGGAUAGAAUCAGAAUUUUGAUUUUUUUUUUCCUUUCCCAACCAUAAGAAGGAAAAAAAUAAUAAAAACACCUCCUUUUGAUAGCCCCCUCUCCCUUCCCAUCCAGUUCCCAGCUCCUCUUCCCUAUCUCCAUCCAAGGCAAAUUUUCCCCCUCCACUAUUCUCAUUCCCCCCCUGCCACUACCUCGCCCCCCACCCCCACCGCCUGCUCCUCCAGCUGGGGAGAGAGGGGAUUCUCUCUUGCGGCUCCCCCACCUUCGCUCUCUGGGUAGGAGCAGUCUCUCCGGAAGGGGAGGGGGCUUUGACUUGCCGGGACGAGGUGGGAGUGGAGGUAUCCUGCCAUGGAUGCUGUGCCUGGGAGGCAGCCUGAGCCCCAGCCCACAUGCCACUCAGGAUGAGGGUCCGGCCCUGCCAGCCCGCGCUGGGGCCCCCCCGCCCGGCCCCGGUCUAACUGCCCCCGCCCCCAGGCCUCGCCCGGCUCGCAGGCCCCCAGCCGGCUCUCCAGCCCCAGGAUGCGCUGAGCCGCCGGGGGGCUGAGGCCGCGCCAACUACAUGCAUGUCCCCCGGGGGCAAGUUCGACUUUGACGACGGGGGCUGCUACGUGGGGGGCUGGGAGGCGGGGCGGGCACAUGGCUACGGCGUGUGCACGGGGCCCGGCGCCCAGGGCGAGUACAGCGGCUGCUGGGCGCACGGCUUCGAGUCACUGGGCGUCUUCACGGGGCCCGGAGGACACAGCUACCAGGGCCACUGGCAGCAGGGCAAGCGCGAAGGGCUGGGCGUGGAGCGCAAGAGCCGCUGGACGUACCGCGGCGAGUGGCUGGGCGGGCUGAAGGGGCGCAGCGGCGUGUGGGAGAGCGUGUCGGGCCUGCGCUACGCCGGGCUCUGGAAGGACGGCUUCCAGGACGGCUACGGCACCGAGACCUACUCCGACGGAGGCACCUACCAGGGCCAGUGGCAGGCCGGGAAGCGCCACGGCUACGGGGUGCGCCAGAGUGUGCCCUACCAUCAGGCGGCGCUGCUGCGCUCGCCCCGCCGCACCUCCCUGGACUCCGGCCACAGCGACCCCCCGACACCGCCCCCGCCCCUGCCCCUGCCGGGCGACGAGGGAGGCAGCCCGGCCUCAGGCUCCCGGGGCGGCUUCGUGCUGGCCGGGCCGGGGGACGCCGAAGGAGCGUCCACCCGAAAGCGCACCCCCGCGGCCGGCGGCUUCUUUCGCCGCUCGCUGCUGCUCAGCGGGCUCCGGGCGGGCGGGCGCCGCAGCUCCUUGGGCAGCAAGCGGGGCUCCCUGCGCAGCGAGGUGAGCAGUGAGGUGGGCAGCACAGGACCCCCGGGCUCUGAGGCCAGCGGGCCACCGGCCCCGGCUCCGCCCGCCCUCAUCGAGGGCUCUGCCACUGAGGUGUAUGCGGGCGAAUGGCGCGCUGACCGACGCAGCGGCUACGGUGUGAGCCAGCGCUCCAACGGGCUGCGCUACGAGGGCGAGUGGCUGGGCAACCGGCGGCACGGCUACGGACGAACCACCCGUCCGGACGGCUCCCGCGAGGAGGGCAAGUACAAGCGCAACCGGCUGGUGCACGGGGGGCGCGUGCGCAGCCUCCUGCCUCUGGCCCUGCGGCGGGGCAAAGUCAAGGAGAAGGUGGACAGGGCUGUCGAAGGCGCCCGUCGAGCCGUGAGCGCUGCCCGCCAGCGCCAGGAGAUCGCCGCUGCCAGGGCGGCAGAUGCCCUUCUAAAGGCAGUGGCAGCCAGCAGCGUCGCUGAGAAGGCUGUGGAGGCAGCUCGAAUGGCCAAACUGAUAGCCCAGGACCUGCAACCCAUGUUAGAGGCCCCAGGCCGCAGACCCAGGCAAGACUCAGAAGGUUCCGACACAGAGCCCUUGGAUGAGGACAGCCCUGGGGUAUACGAGAAUGGACUGACCCCCUCAGAGGGCUCCCCUGAACUGCCCAGCAGUCCUGCCUCCUCCCGCCAGCCCUGGCGACCCCCUGCCUGCCGGAGCCCACUGCCUCCUGGAGGGGACAGGGGUCCCUUCUCCAGCCCCAAAGCUUGGCCUGAGGAGUGGGGGGGCCCAGGUGAGCAGGCAGAGGAACUAGCUGGCUAUGAGGCCGAGGAUGAGGCUGGGAUGCAGGGGCCAGGGCCCAGAGACGGUUCCCCACUCCUCGGAGGCUGCAGUGACAGCUCCGGAAGUCUUCGAGAGGAGGAAGGGGAAGACGAAGAGCCCUUGCCCCAGCUGAGAACCCCAGGGGGCUCUGAGCCUGAGCCCAUGGCCACGCCAGUCCUGAGGGGCCCGUUCUCGAGGGGUCCUGAAGCCGGGUGCCUGAUGGAAGAGUUUGAGGAGCCUGCUGCAACGGAGAGGCCCGCCCAGCCGGGAGCUGCCAACCCCCUGGUGGUGGGAGCCGUGGCCCUCCUGGACCUCAGCCUGGCGUUCCUGUUCUCCCAGCUCCUCACCUGAGGCUCCUGCCCAGCCUAGUUCUGGCUUCGGUUGCUGCCUCUUCACUUCUUUGACCUGCCUUUUUCUCUUUUCCUCCUCCUGGUUGUUUUUUCUCCUAUUUUUCUUUCUCUUCUCUCUUCUCUUUCUU